AUGAAUCCCUUGCUGAAAGAGCUUCUGCAGCGCCCGGAGAAUCGCACCUGUGCAGACUGCGGCGAACGUGCACCACGCUGGUGCAGCAUCAGCCUGGGGGUGAUCAUAUGUGCUGAAUGUGCCGGGCUGCAUCGCAAGCUUGGGACUCAUAUCUCUUUCGUGCAGAGCCUCAGCUUGGAUGCCCUGAAGGACGAGUGGGUUCAGCAGCUCCUCGCACGGGGCAACGCAGCAGGGGCCGAGCGCUUCGAAGCGUCGCUACCGGGGUCGUGGACGAAGCCGGAGGCGUUAAGCUCCGGUGGCGACCGUAUCGACCCUGCGAGCGCAUACCAUCUUGAGCAAUACAUCCGGGCGAAGUACGAGCACAAGCUCUUUACAACAGAAGGAGCGGAGGUUUCCGAGUCGCCCUUCUCACGCCGCUUCACGGUGCUGCUGCGCCGCCAAGGUGGCGAGCCCUUCGGCCUCUACCCGUCGAAGUCAGCGCUCCGCCACGGAAGCCUACAGCUUCGUGCAGAUCCUGCACCUGGCACCGCGGCCGAGCAGUGGAACUUAGCACAAAACAAUCCGAUGCUUCGCCUCCGUGUGCCGGCAGCAGCAUAG